AUGGCUCAGAUGUUGAGUUUCAUGAAGGACAUCAGAGAUGAACAGGAAAAGGCUAGGGAAGCUUGGAGCCAGUAUGAGGAAAUACCGAAUGAUGGCAACCCGCUGUUAGGAUUUGUUCGAGGCUUUGAUCCUCACAAGUCAAAUGCCCACUCCUCAAAGAGAGUUACCAGAACCCAUGAAGAGGGAGAAGCUUCCCAUGAAGGAUUCAUUCCCACCACUCAGAAAGAGGGGGCGCCUCGCACGGUUCGCAUCCCUGCUAACAAUCCUCCUAAGGAUGAGGAUUACGUGGAUUUACAAUAUGGGGAGGCGGAUGAAACAAAUCAGGAACCCCAACAUAAGCAAACCCAAUCUGAUUCUGAAGAAAGUGCUAGAAAUAGUGGACAAAUCAAGGCGCUAGAAGAAAGGCUGAAAGCAGUAGAAGGAUAUGACGCACAAGGUUCAAGACCUAAUAGAGUCAGGGCAAUUGCUUUUGACAAACCCAACGUGAAGACAAACCCCAUGCCUCGUCAUGAUGGCGCAAUCAAUGCAAUAGAGGUAGUCACUGAGCAAGAGUUAGUUCAACAACGGAGUUCCCCUAUAGAUGCCCUUAAGAGGUAUCUACUCGCAAAGGGGUUCAUCCUAGAACACAAUGAAGCCUUUAAGAACACCCUGCAAAGACUCGUGGAUCAAGGAGUAAUUCAAUUUAAGGAGCAUCCUGAAAAGGAGUAUGUGGCUAUGCUAGAGAGGAAUGAGCCAUUGAUAAUACCUAGUCCAUGGGCAAGGAAGACAUUAAUCAUCCCCUGCGCCAAAGCACCAUUGCUGAUACUCACGCAAGUGCACACUAGGAUCAUCCCAGUCAGAGAGCCAUAUCCUGUGGACAAAAUGAAAGCGGUCCCUUGGGAAUAUGAUUCUAGUACUAUUACUGAUGUGACAAACAUCGUUGGGCCCGGGGGCAUGACUCGUAGUGGUCGCAAAUUCAAUACUGUUAAACCAAAUGAGAACUUAGCACAAGCAAGUAAUCAAGCUACUGUGGUCCCGACUGAAGAAGGUAUAUCCAAAGACAAAGAGACCACUAACAAAGAUGCUGAAGAGUUUUUGGCGUUAAUCAAGAAAAGUGAUUACAGAGUGGUGGACCAGUUGCACCAAACUCCGUCCAAAAUAUCACUCCUCUCGCUGUUGUUGGUACACUCAGAAAAACAUCGAGACGCCUUGAUGAAAAUCCUGAACGCCGUGCACGUAACUAAAGACAUCGCUGUAAAUCAAUUUGAUGGAAUGGUGGCUAAUCUUACUGCUGGGGCAUGCCUAAGUUUCAAUGAUCAUGAGCUACCCCCACAAGGGAAAGAACAUAACAAAGCCUUGCAUAUCUCCAUACAAUGUGGUAAAGCUCAUCUAUCUAGAGUUCUGAUUGACACAGGGUCAUCAUUAAACGUGAUGCCUAAAUCUACUCUCGAUAAAAUAGCUUUGGAAGGUCUGGUAGUCAGACCAAGUCGUCUGGUGGUCAAAGCCUUCGAUGGAUCACAAAGUCCGGUGUUUGGAGAGGUAGACCUCCCUGUAGUAGUUGGUCCCCAUACAUUUUGCAUCAAUUUCCAAGUAAUGGAGAUUGAACCUGCUUAUACCUGCUUAUUGGGACGUCCCUGGAUUCAUGCUGUUGGGGCAGUCACCUCUACUCUUCAUCAGAAAGUAAAGUUUGUGAAUGGAAAUUAUAUAGUGACCGUCAAUGGGGAGGAGGACAUAAUUGUUAGCAAUCUAGACUCGUACCGAUACAUCGAGGCUGGAGAAGGGGCAUUAGAGACCUCGUUCCAAGCACUAGAAAUCUCAACUGCUGUCACGCUACCAAUUGAGAAAAUACGAAGGGCGGUAGCAUCCUAG